GAUACUUUGAAUGCACUGUAUAAAUCAAAUUUUGGUGCCUGCUACUAGGUACAAGUGUACCUAGUAUUGUACCUAGGAAGUAAUUAUUGCGAACCGUGGAAGCUCGAGAUCAGAUCCGAAGUUCAGCACCCGAUACCAAUCUACAUUCACCAUGAAACCUUCAUGGAGAUUAUUAGCUAGUGCGACGGCUGGAAACGGAUUGAAGCCAGCGCCUAUGGCAUUAUUGCCACCGAUUCCCCUUUACCGUCGCCUAUUUAGAGCUCACAGAAAACAUUUGUCGCACGAAAUGCGUCUGCUUGGUGACCAGUAUAUCAGGGCUGAGUUUCGCGCCCAUAGAAAUGUUGACAACCCAGCACAUUUGAUUGGAUUCCUUACGGAAUGGCAACUCUAUGCUCAAAAGAUCGAGGGUGAUUCAUGGGUUGGUGAGAAAUUAGAUCCCGAGAAAGUUGCGAAGAUGAGUGACCAACAACUAGGACAACUAUAUGAGCUCAUGAACGCCAUACGGAAGAGGCAUGCAGAUGGGAACAAGGAAUAAGGAUAGGACAUUACGAUACCCUAUUGCCAUCCUAGGUAUUUUAAUGAUUCUCAAUACCCUGUUAACAGAUCUUAAUCAGAGCAAGAGACCCUCCACAUAUCUGAACAUUUUGAGUCAUUGUAGUUAGAUAAGUAUUGUGGUGCAUGGCGAUUUCGUUCGUCGUAGGAUAUCUACAUUUGUAUCCUGCCAUCACAUGAAAUGUACCUAGGUACCUAGGCUGACGGUAGAAGGGGCUGGGCUGCCUUGAUGGAAACUGUAAAGCCACACUGUGUGGGGUAUUCAAGAUCUAAUUGUGGGACUAUCUUAGAUCUUACAACUGAACUUUUCACUUUUCAAUUCUAAGGUUGGAAGAAAUCAACCUCAUUCACCCCGA